GCCUAAAUGAGGUGGGAAAACGAUGUAGUGUACGAAUUUAACAGCUUUCCUAGGCUUCUUCGCGGGCAAUAUAACACGUUCAACCAUGUAGAAACUGAUGGCUUCAUUCAUGGAACGUCGUGGUGUGCCGGAAGUGGCUUCAAAUCCUGUUAUGGGGCAAAUAUUUAUCGGAAUAUCAACGGUUGGGGAUGGAAAAUGCGGAUUUUCUCAAGUUCCAUGUCGCAGUGGGAGUCCUGUAGGAGCCGUUCAGUUUGCAAAUAGAAGAGGAACCACCGAUAACGUCUGCCGGGAGACAAGGAAGGAGAAACAACAAGGGAACCUUGGCGCGCUGUUCGAAUUUGAAAACAUGUCAGUCACAUUUUUGGCGCCGCGGAAGGUUGUCGUUGGAUUGUGUCUACGAGUGGUAGCGGAGAAGUGGUGUUCAGCGUCUUCUCCACGUGUUUUCGACAUUUGCCUGCUGUGUGCGAGGAGUUCGUCGUCGGUGCGCUAAGCGUCGCUAUGCACGUCGACGCCAAAAAAACGCCAAGGGACGAGGAGGAGGAGGUGGAGAGCAGCGCCCCGGCGCCCCCGGACGGCGGUUGGGGCUGGAUGGUGGUGUUUGGUUCUUUCAUGAUACAUCUAGUCAAUGAUGGUGUUACGUACUCUUUUGGAAUAUUUUACGAUGAAUUUUUGACUUAUUUCAACGAAGGCAAAAGUAAAACGUCAUGGAUUUUAUCAACCCUUGUUGGAGUUACAUUAUGUUCAGGUCCACUCUCGAGUUCUCUAGUCAACAAAUACGGCUGCAGGCCAGUCACCAUAGGAGGCGCCAUCUUCGGUAGCAUAUGCCUAAUCAUAUCGUGCUUUGCCAGAAACGUCAACUUCCUCAUCGUCACCAUCGGCAUAGGAGCCGGUUUGGGUUUCGGUCUCAUCUACCUACCGGCCAUUGUCAGCGUCACAACCUACUUCGAGAAGAGAAGAUCACUAGCCACAGGCAUCGCGGUGUGUGGUUCGGGAUUCGGCACCUUCGUCUUCGCCCCCUUGAUCACCUACCUCCUCCACGAGUUCGGAUGGCGAGGAUCCAUCCUAAUCAUCAGCGGCAUCGUCCUGGAGUGCAUGAUCUUCGGCUCUCUCUUUCGACCCCUCGAAUACGACGAGGUCAAAGAGGUGGACAGCGAGAACAACCGACUCCAGCUCAAGGCCGCUGAAGGCGGGGUCGACAUCCACGUGUCCGACCACGACCUGCACAAGUUCUCCAAAUCCCUGACCAACGGCAAGAUGCACAGGCCUCACAGCGUGGCGCACUUUUCCUUGCCCAAGUCGAGCUCCCACAGACAGGAGCAGAACGGAAGCGCGCACGUUCACGUGUCCAAGUUUCAGAGCAAAAGCGGCGCCAGACUGGCGUUCAGCCAGCCGAUGCUGGCGGCCAACUCCAAGUCUUCCUACGGCAGUCAACACUUCCGCAAACACGGCCCCUUGGACAAACCGGAUGUCUUCUAUCAGGGCAGCUUGCUCAACAUACCCUCCUACAGGUCCAAGCUGGACCUCAAGAACCGAACGGGCGAAGAGUCCUCCUUUCUGGAGAGGAAAUCCAGCAUACACUAUAAGAAGCGAAGGUACGAGGAAGAAGAAGAAAUCGAGACUAGUCUAUGUGGCAUCCGAUGCUCUCCCGAGACCAAGGAGACGAUGAAGGAGAUGCUGGACUUUUCCCUGUUCACGGACGUGAUCUUCAUCCUGUUCACGAUCAGUAACUUCUUGACGAGCAUCGGUUUCAACAUACCGUACGUGUUCUUGGUGCCGCGGGCGAAAGCUAUGGGUUUGACUACCGAGGAGGGGAGUAUGUUGCUGUCCAUCGUCGGUAUUGCUAACACGAUUGGAAGGAUAGUGUUGGGGUAUCUCUCGGAUAAGCCUUGGGUGAAUAGGCUGCACAUCUACAAUUGGUCUCUCACUUUAUGUGGUAUAGCGACCAUGGGCUGUGCAUUUUGCAACGAUUUCACCAGUUUGGCUAUCUACGCGAGUGUCUUUGGAUCAACCAUUGGUGUGUACGUUGGCCUUACGUCUGUCAUCCUUGUAGAUCUUCUAGGUUUAGAAAAAUUGACCAAUGCCUUCGGGCUUCUCCUUCUGUUCCAAGGGAUCGCAUCCCUUGUAGGUCCACCAUUGGGAGGUGCCUUGUAUGAUAUGUUUCUGUCAUACGACUACGCCUUCUACUUAUCAGGAGUCACCAUUGCAAUGAGUGGCAUCAUGCUCUUCAUCAUCCCUUCAGUUCAAAGGUAUCUCGAGAAGAGAUCGAAGAAAACAUCAGCGGUACCUGUGGAAAUAUAGCCAUUACUGUUCUCCUAUGAUAGUUUUCAUAGUUACACAACAAUAUAACCUGAGUUGACUCCCAAAAUACAUAUCUUCGAAAACGGACUCCUCAUCACUGGUGACCACCAAAGGUGAUUGGUGUUCACUGUUUUUGUUCGAUAGUUGUUUUUUUUUACACUCGAUUUGUGAUCCUGUUGAUAGAUUUGAUUGGGUUAUGGCUUCACCAGGUUUUUUUGGACUUGGUGAGCAUUUUUAUGGAAUCAAGUUACCAUUUAUGUGCCAUCAUGAAAUUUUUUUUAUCGUUCUUUAUUAUUAUUAUGUCUGCAGUGCAGAUUGGCAGUAAGAAUUUGAAAUGUGAUUUGAGCUAUUUAUUCACGAUUUUAGCCCUUAAGAUGUAAAUAUUGAUUGAAUAAAAAGGUGAUUGCGUGGUGUACGACUUGUGUGCGUUGUUGACUUCGUUUAGAAUUAAGGAAACGAAUGAUCAUGUUUAGGAUCAACUGAUAAUGAAUUCCAGUAUUUGUUCAAGUUGGUUAAAGUAAACGUUAUCUUAAGAUUGUAUAUACCGAAAUACAUUAUCUAUAUUUAAUUAAAUCAUUGAAUUGUUAAUAUAACUCACAGAUAUUACUCAACAAUAGGUUUCAAUACAAAUAAGUUUAAGUAAUCGGAGAAUUUCAACAAAAUGUAAAUUUUAAUAUCUUUGAGAGGCCUCUUGAAAUGCCUUGCGAACUCAAAUAUUGGAUACAAUCACUUAAUAUUGUACGUUAAAUGUGAUACACUUCAAACAAUAUCAUUAGGUAUAGGUACAUUCAGAUAAAAUAUAUAUAUAGAGAUAUAAGAUUGGUAUAUUCUUGAUAUAAACUUUUUACACUUCCCUAUAUCAAGUGCAUUUUUCACGACUGAUGUUUUAGUUUUCUUUGGAAUAUUUCAAGUUUUCCACAAUUCUAUUUACAUUAUUGAAUAUAUACGUUUUUAUUAUUAUCUACUUUUUAAAAUUGUUCAUUUGCUAUUUUCAAGAUUUUCUGUCUACCAAAUAAAAGUUUCUAUAAUUAUCUUAUUAGAAAGACGUUGUUUUAUUAAAACUCGAUAUGAA